GUGCCUUUAGCAUUUGUGUUCUUCACAGAUUGAACACCUGGCUAGCAGAGUACAGAUCACAGCAUCCUUUUGUACAAAGCAUCAAUAAGAACCACUUAGAUUUGCGGGUUACAAUUAAUUUUUCUUCGUUCGAAUUCUUAUUUAUAUAGUAUUAUCUGGCACCAUAGUUCACCAUAGAAUUGCCACCUGACAGCGUAACUCCAGCCAGCCAUUCGAGGUGCCGCUGUUGAGCCCAGCCACGCCCCCGCCAGCACACUACCAAGCUCCGCCGGCGAGUCGGACCCCGGGGCCCGGCCGACGCCGCACCGCCCCCAUCUUACCGUACCCGGCUGCGAGCGCCAACGGCUACGGCGUGGUACGAAUUUGGCGCCUUGUCUUCUGAUUGGCCCGUCGGCGUCACCAAUAGAUAGGAGGUAAGCGCGAAGGAGUGGGGGUGGGCGCAAAGGCGGCCAGUCAGCGAGGAGGUUCAAGCGGCAGAGCCCCAAUAGCGAGGCGCCAUGGUGCUAUCCAAUGAGCGGCGCCCUACUGUGCGGGAGGUUAUAAAGAGACGGGUGGACGCGUCCUCCCUUCGUCCCGCCGCAGAGCUCCUGAGGUUUCGGCGUGGUGCUCGGUCCGCUGCGAGACGCCAUGUCUGGCCGAGGCAAGAGUGGCGGUAAGGCCCGAGCGAAGGCCAAGUCUCGUUCUUCCCGGGCCGGGCUGCAGUUCCCCGUCGGGCGCGUUCACCGGCUGCUGCGGCGCGGACAUUACGCGGAGCGGGUGGGCGCUGGCGCACCCGUUUAUCUGGCGGCCGUGCUGGAGUACCUGACGGCCGAGAUUCUGGAGCUGGCGGGCAACGCGGCCCGCGACAACAAGAAGACGCGCAUCAUCCCCCGCCACCUGCAGCUGGCGGUGCGCAACGACGAGGAGCUCAACAAGCUGCUGGGCGGUGUCACCAUCGCGCAGGGCGGUGUCCUGCCCAACAUCCAGGCCGUGCUGCUGCCCAAGAAGACUGGUGGCAGCGCCGCGAGUCCGGCCAAGGCCGGCAAGAAGGGCGGCGGGCAGCAGUCGCAGGAGUACUAGGCCGGGAUCUUUCCCUUCCUCACCCCCUCCCUCCCCCCCCCUCCCCCCCAAGCACCACACAAAGGCCCUUUUCAGGGCCACUCCAUUGCUCACUGGGAGAGCUGCGAUCCGCAGGAGGGGAGAGGCGGGGGCUGCGUCCAUAUCCCGGCCCAGGGCGGUGCAGCUCCACGCCCGGAGGCCAACUACGAGGAGCAAGCGCUAGGCCGCGCUGCGGAGCAGGCAGGAAGCACCGGCAGCCGGCAUGGCUGCUCGAAUUCAGUCACAAACUGUAAAUAGGUGACGUUCUCUGAAAAGACUCUUGGGUGCUUAUAACGUGACUGUUCCUCUGCUGUUAAAUUCAGCAGAUGUUGCACAGAAAAUAAACAAUGCUUCAUCUCCAAAA